CAGUACCAAACAAGCUAUUCUCGUUGUUUCAGAUAUCGGAUGUUAGUCAAUUCCAGCAUCUGUAGAACAAUUAAUGUUGAUAUUAAACAAGAGUUAUUACACAGACUUUUCUCAUCUGAGGAUUCAUCACGAGACUAUGUAACCUCUGCACUUUUCCUAUAAUUCACUAGUUAUCCUUAGCAGGUAUCUGUAUUUUAAGCAAAUUGCAUUCGUAAUGCAUUCAAUCAACAACUGUAGAACCAUGGUCAACACAGUGUCUGUUGUGCUGCUACUGUUAUGUGCAUUUUAUUGUGCUUUGGUAGACCCACAGUCAGGGGGAUUCACGUUUUCUUUCGAGACUGAAAAUGGCAUCAAGCGAGCGUUCGUGACUGGCUCCGCAAACUUUCACGGAGUCUACAUUUACAAUACUAAGGAUGGUGCGAGACAUGUAGUACACUUUGGAGGCAGUGAACGAGAAAGCGGUCCUUUUGUAACCUUAAGUGGGCCAACAACAUCACGACCAGUGGGUCCACCAGUACCCUAUUAUCCGACUGUAGCAUCGGCUACACGUGUACCCGCACCAGCUCCUGUACCAGGUCCCGCUCCUGCUCCAGCACCUUCGCCUGCGCCUACGCCUACGCCUACACCUACGCCUGCCCCCGAGUACGGAGGUUACCCUGUGGCUCCAGGUUACGCAUCAUAUGGAGGAAGAUUUGGAGAAACAGGAGGACGUGGAGGAGGAUAUGGCGGAGGACAUGGCGGAGUAUAUGGCGGAGGAUAUGGCGCACGUACUCAAUCCAUCGCUCCUGGUCUAGUAGCAUCUGCGGUUGGAGGUGGUCUCGGAUAGCAGAUGAGAAAAAAUCUUGUAACAUGGUUACAAUAAAAAUCUCUCGGACUGAUUUCAUCCAGUGAAACAGACAAUAAAAAUGAGCAAAUAUGUUUGUACAUAGAGGUUAGGAUUCACGUGAAUAAUUGUAACUGCGUCCUUGUGAUGCAACCUUCGGUAUGAGAUAGUCGAUUCAGUACAGAAG